UGUCUUGAGUCGCCCUCCUUUCACACCAGCAUCAUGCGACCGAAGUUUCUUGAAUCACAUACACACCCAUAAAUCUCCAACAAACCUCAACAAGCAACCAUAGAUAUCCGUUGAGUUGUUGCAGGCAGCCAUGGGAGUGGAUUACUACAAGGUUCUUCAGGUUGACCGGAACGCUAAAGACGAUGACUUGAAGAAAGCGUAUCGAAAACUCGCUAUGAAAUGGCACCCGGAUAAGAACCCUAACAGCAAAAAAGAAGCGGAAGCCAAAUUCAAAACGAUCUCCGAAGCCUAUGAUGUUUUGAGUGAUCCUCAGAAAAGAGCAAUCUACGACCAGUACGGCGAGGAGGGUUUAAAGGGGCAGGUGCCCCCACCCGGCGCCGGUGGGUUUUCCGGUAUGCCAAGUGACGGUGGCUCAACGACGUUCAGAUUCAACCCUCGUAAUGCAGAUGACAUAUUCUCAGAGUUUUUUGGUUUCUCUAGUCCUUUCGGAGGGAUGGGGGACAUGGGAGGAUCACGAGCAGGACCAGGUGGGCAUUUUUCAAGAAACAUGUUUAGCGAGGAUAUAUUUUCUCAGUUUAGAGGUGGUGGUGGUGGUGAAGGAUCCGCCAGUAUGCCGCCUAGAAAAGGAGCUGCCAUUGAGCGGCCAUUGCCAUGUAGCUUGGAGGAUCUGUAUAAAGGAACAACGAAGAAGAUGAAGAUCUCCAGAGAUGCCACCGAUGCUACUGGGAGGCCAACAACAGUGGAAGAAAUUCUCACAAUAGAGAUAAAACCAGGGUGGAAAAAGGGUACAAAAAUAACAUUUCCCGAAAAAGGAAAUGAACAAAGAGGAGUAAUCCCUUCAGAUCUUAUUUUCAUAAUUGACGAAAAACCCCAUGCUGUUUUCAAAAGAGAUGGAAACGAUUUAGUGGUGACUCAGAAGAUAUCAUUAGCAGAGGCGUUGACUGGAUACAGUGCACAGGUGACAACACUUGAUGGGAGAAGUUUGACUUUACCGAUAAACUCUGUAAUAAGUCCAACUUAUGAAGAAGUGGUCAAAGGUGAAGGGAUGCCAAUUCCUAAAGAGCCCACAAAGAAGGGGAAUUUGAGAGUUAAGUUUAAUAUAAAGUUUCCUACAAGGCUUACUUCUGAGCAGAAAUCUGGGAUUAAACGCCUUUUGACUUCUUCUUGAAUUGGAGAUGAAGGAUCCCUUGAGUGUAUUUGGGGUUGGAAAAUGUUUAUUUAUGAUAUUUUAUGGAUAAAGUUUGAUAGAUUUUGUUUUUGGAUUUUGUGGUGUUGAAUAUGAUGAAUUUGGUAUUA